AUGGAGUCCAUGACUCAUGGCGGGCCCGUGAAGGGCGGAACAGCAGCGGCGCUGCAGUCAGCGGCGGACAAGAACGUGCAGGCGGGGGUGGUGCCGCCCAUGCAGCACGAGAAGGCUGCUGCUCGUGCUGAAGCCACGGGGGCAGGAGCAGGAGCAGGAGCACGGGGGAUGGGUGGCACUGGGUCUGGUGCUGCUGCUGGGAAGCCGCAGACCAGGGGCGAGUAA